CAAUCCUUGAAUAGUGGUGCUGGACUGGGUGCUGGCCUUCAAGAGGCUCAAAGUGCCACUCACGGAAGUGGUAUAGUUUUUCAGGAGUUCCCGGGAGAUUCCCCAGGAGGGGGACUGGGCCUUGCUGGGAUGGAGCCCCGCUCUAGGUCCAGGAGGAGCUGGAUCUGGAACCAGUUUUUCGUGAUUGAAGAGUACAGUGGGCCGGAGCCGGUCUUGAUUGGUCGGCUGCACUCCAGUAUGGACCGAGGAGACGGCCGCACCAAGUACGUUCUGAAAGGAGAGGGGGCGGGGUCCGUGUUUGUGAUUGACGGGAAAACGGGAAACAUCCAUGUGACGAAAGCCCUGGACCGGGAGGAGAAGGAUCAGUACCGUCUGAUCGCCACGGCGACAGACAGGCAGACGGGCCGGCCGCUGGAGGCUUCGUCCCAGUUCAUCAUCAGAGUGCAGGACAUCAACGACAAUCCACCCGUGUUCCCUCAUGCGCACUACAGCGCCACCGUACCGGAGAUGGCCAGCAUCGGGACGUCUGUUAUUCAGGUUACUGCUACAGAUGCAGAUGAUGAGACGUAUGGAAACAGUGCUAAACUGGUGUACUCGGUGGUCCAGGGCCAGCAGUAUUUUACAGUGGACCCACAGUCAGGCAUUGUCCGUACUGCGGUUUCUGACAUGGACCGUGAGCUCCAGUCUCAGUAUGUUUUGGUGCUGCAGGCCAGAGAUAUGGGCGGCCACCAGGGAGGGCUAACAGGGACCACCACCAUCACUGUUCACCUCAGUGACGUAAACGACAACCCGCCCCGCUUCACCAACAGUAUGUGGUCAUUCUCUGUAUCAGAGUUGGCUCUUCCAGGGGUCGAGGUUGGCCGCCUGUCGGCGACUGAUGCUGAUCUGGGGGAGAACGCUCGGCUGGACUUCACCAUCACAGACGGCGAAGGAGGAGGAACCUUCAACAUCACAGCGGUCAACCAGGAGGGCGUCAUUCUACUCAACAAGGUGGUGGAUUAUGAGCGGCGCAGCUCCUACACUCUCACAGUGGAAGUGCAGAAUCCCUCGGUGGACCCUCGCUUUCUCCGCCGUGGGCCGUUUAAAGACCGAGCGACGGUCCGGAUCACCGUCCUCAACGCUGACGAACCACCUCGGUUCUCACGCUCGCGAUACAGGCUGGACGUGUCUGAAAACUGCCCGCCAGCGUGUGCUGUGGGACGGGUCGCUGCCGUGGACCCAGACACAGGCCUCAGCAACAAUAUAAAGUACUCUAUUGACCCCGAGUCAGACCCCGAGGCUUUGUUCCGUAUCGCCCCUGACAGCGGCCUCAUCACCACGGUGAAGGAGCUGGACCGCGAGCACGAGCAGUGGCACAACAUCACUGUCAUCGCCACUCAGAGAGAUAGUCCCAGCCAGGUUACCAGGGUAGCGGUUGCCAUAGAGACGCUGGACCUGAACGACAACGCCCCCGAGCUGGACAGGCAGUACAACACGGCCGUCUGCGACUCCAGCGGCGCCGGACAGGUGGUGCAGGUCAUUCGGGCGAUCGACAGAGACCAGAGCAGCUACAGCUCCCCCAUUCACUUCAGCCUGCCCUCGGACCGCAGCCUCGCUCUCAACAUCACCGUCCAGGAGAGAGGAGACCACACGGCCAGUCUGGUUCUUCUGUCAUCUGUGAAGCCCCUCCCUCGCUCCGCCUCUCCUUCUUUCCACACUGUGAAAAUACCCAUAAUCCUCCGGGACGGGACUUCGGAGCUCAGCAGCACGGGGACCGUCACCCUGACCAUGUGCCCCUGCCAGAACGGAGGGAUGCAGACGGUGUGCGUGCCGCUGCCGUCCACCUCCGCCCUGCUGGGCCUCAGCUCCGCCGCCAUGCUGGCUGUGCUCGCCUGCUCGUCCACUCUGCUCGUGGUAGCAGCGUUAGCUCUGUCCGUUCGGAGGCAGAAGAGUGACUCUCUCUCUCCGCUGGAGGACGAUGAGAUCAGAGAGAAUAUCAUCACGUACGAUGAUGAGGGGGGCGGAGAGGCUGAUACGGCCGCGUUCGACAUCGCGGCGCUAAAGAGCGCCCCCCACAGCAUGCACAGCGCCCUGCGCCUCAGCCGCAACAUUUACUCCCAGGAGAACCUGGACAGGAUGUACAGCUGGGCUCAGGCCCCCGGGGUGGACCCCCAGCGGCCCGGUUCCGCUCCGCUGUACGGGCGGUUCUGCUACAGCAUACACACCCUGCCGGCGGUCCGAGACCGGAUCGGCCCGUUCGACUCCCGCCGGGACCUCACCAAACUGACCUACACGCUCCCCAGCGCGCAGACGCAGGACUGCGGACCCCUGGAUCCGGGAUGUGUGUUCACGGGCCUGGCGGAGCUGUCCAAGAGAACCGACCAGAGCAGAACCGGAGACGAGCACCAAGGAACCGAGAGUUCUGCUGAGAACAACCUGAAAGAGAGCGAGACAGGAAGUGAGGUCGUCUCUGAGAGUCAGACUCUCUGUCAGGAUCAGUCUCUGACCUCUGACCAGGCUCCGGUGGUUCAGAGCUCCAGUCAGAGCGACUCCAGCAGCUCCGCCGGUCACUCAGCCGGAUCGCUGACCCACCACACCUCCGCCGCACACGCCUCCUCGACCUCCACUAUCGUGUCCACCGUCGCCACGGACGACACGCCCUCCACGCACACGCCCACGGAGGCUCCCAUCAACACCAGCCAAACCUCGGCGCCGUUCAGAACAAUGGAGGGGACCCUGCUGAGAGGCGGCGGAGUGAUACCUUUAGCCGGAACUACUUGUUUGUACCCCAAAGCGGGCGAUUUGGUGGGCGUGUACGCUCUAGCAGGGCGGGACUUCGCUCAGCGGGUGGUGAUGCCUUUCCCUGGCCCUGGAGGGGCGGGGCUGUACAUGGGUAGGUGGGGCCUAGGCAGGCGAGAUGGGCAGGGGCCUGGGCCCGGGAGGGGCGGGGCUAACCCUCUAACCCACAGGAUGGGCGACUUCCUGCAGCACCGCCUGGCCCAGGUGACUUUCGACCCCAUGCAGCCGCCGUACGACUCGCUGCAGACGUACGGGCUGGAGGGGGCGGGAUCGCAGGCCACCUCCCUCAGCUCCCUGGAGAGCGAGGGCGAGCGAGGGAUGGAGGGGGAGGAGAUAAAAGACUGGGGGCCCAACUCUGGAUCUCCAGAAAGGUACUGGAGCUCCAGCAUUCCAGAGACCUACUGCUCCACAGCCCGAUUCUGGGGGGGUUUCAUACCCCUCUAG